AUGACAUUGUAUCUUGUUUCUCCGUCACCACCCACGGGCAAUAAUCGUCGAAUCGAACUUACCGGCAACGAUCUAUGGUUCAUUGCGCGUAUUGACAAUGUAUUCGUCUAUCCGUCCGAUUUGAAUGUCGAUCGUUUCAGGGAAGCACUCGGUCGUGCUCUCUCUCUGUGGCCUCUUAUCAGCGGUCGUUUUCUCUUACUCGACGGUGAUCACUACGUCAUUGAAAUGUCCGACAAUCCCAUCCCGAUUUCUUUGACGGACAACACUGAGUUAACGAAAUGGUCUCUCGACUCAAAUGUAGUGAUUGAAACCACUCAAAAUCCACUACUGCCGUUUCUCGACGAAGUGCAAAACGAGAAAUUGUUGCGUGGCUUCCCCCCGGAACCGCUUUUUCGUUUGAAACUCACUCGUAUUGUACAAAGCGGCGAAUGGAUAAUGGGUGCAAGCUGGGCGCACAUGUUAGGCGAUACCGCUGCUUGUUUGGGCUUUUUAAAUACAAUCUCACGUUUAUAUCAACAAAUGGAGCCACUCAAACCGUUACCUGUAUUUGAAAGACGCUUAUGGCGAGAAGACGAGGCCGAUCAGUCCCUCUUACCCAUCAUGAAACCACUGCGUGAUGGUGGGACUAUAGAAAAAAUGAUGGAAAACUUUAUGGCUGACCAAGUAACGCAUCGUCAGGUCAAUAUGUGUUUUUCAGCUGAACAACUCGCUAAAUUGCGUACACUGGCUGGUGGGACUAGUGUCACGACUCAAGAUGCUCUUAGUGCCUACAUCAUUCUUACACUCAAUAACAACUAUUUCGAAAGCGACGAUCAGCUCAUUCUACGCAGCAACACGGUUGCCAGUUGUCGCGGUGUCUCCGACUCUAUCACACCGCCUGGUCUAGUUGCCAACGCUGUCUUUAUAAUAUUGUCUGAAGAUUUUGACGAUCCACGAUCUCUGUCAAGUAUUGCUAAGGCAAUUCGUCGAUCUAUUGUUCGAGCGCGCGAUGUUAAAUUUCUCGAAACCUGGCUGGCCACUGCCGAUGGAUUGAUGAAAAAAAUGGCACGUGAGAACCGACUAAUCAGUAUGGAUUAUUACUCGAACGAAAUCGUAGUAAAUUCGAAUUUUCGAUACGACUGGGCGGGUCUUGUCGAUUUUGGCCACACCGAUAAGUGUCGCUUUUAUACGUCAGGCACGAGUGCACUCUAUGUGCGUGUUUUUCGUCUCAAUCCAGUUAACGAUGGGACUCAAUGGUUAUCCAGAGACCGAGAUGGAGCCGAAGUGGCCUUUCGUGUUAAAAAAGACAUGAAGAAAAAAUUUAUCGACGCGUGGAAGAAAGAUAUCAAUGAAAAUUUUACCAAUGUAAGAAUAUAA